UGGGCAAACUGGGAGCACUGGGAAGGCCAUGCCGGAGGCCGACCCACGCCUGGACGCGGGGCGCUGGGCGGGCGCGAGCCUCCGCCCGCGGACAGAGAGGUCCUCUCGUGCCCCACGACCGCCGCCACGCGGGUUCUGGCGCCGCCUCGGCGGCUGCUGCGGCUGCUGCCGACGUCGCAAGCGCGAUUGGGACCCUCCGCCCGGAGAAAUCCCGGGGAGACGCCCCCCACAGCCCCCCCGGCCCGGUCUCCUGGUGCCUCGGGGCUUGGUGGUGGCCUCGAGGUCGGACCGCGACGCUCACCACACGGCGGAAUUCGACGCCUCUCGCCCCGUCCUGCGCCGUGGACAACGCUUCGGGCUCCGCGUCCUCCUCCCUCGGCCCUUCGACCCCGACGACGACGAGCUCUGCGUCGAGCUCACCCUCGGCCCCAACCCGCAGGUGGCCAAAGGCACCCACGUCCUCAUCCCCUUGGGCGAGACCUCGGCCACCGGUUGGACGGCGGAACGCGAGGAAGGGGUGGAGCCUGAGGAAGGGGCGGGGCUUCCGGGUGGCCACGCCCUCAGCCUCGCUCUGGCCGCACCUCCUGACGCCCCCAUCGGACGUUACCACCUCAGCCUCAAGAGCCGAACCCGCGCCGGAUCCUUCGCCGCCCCCUUUGACGACGCCAACGAUUUCUACCUCCUCUUCAACCCGUGGUGCCCCGAUGACCAGGUCUACAUGGAGGAGACGAACGACCUUAACGAGUAUGUCCUUAACGAGAGUGGACGCAUCUUCUACGGCACCGAGAACCAAAUCUCCGAGCGCGCCUGGAACUACGGGCAGUUUGACCCGGGGGUGCUGGACGCCUGCCUCUACAUCCUGGACCGCCGAGGGAUGCCCCACAGCGCCCGAGGAGACCCCGUGAUGGUGUCCCGCGUCAUCUCCGCCAUGGUGAACUCCUUGGAUGACAAUGGGGUCCUGGUGGGCAACUGGACGGGCGAGUACGGCCAAGGCACCAACCCCUCGGCCUGGGCCGGUUCCGUGGACAUCCUGCGCUCCUACCACGCCUCGGGCGCCCCCGUGCGCUACGGACAGUGCUGGGUCUUUGCCGGCGUCAUGACUACUGUGCUGCGCUGCCUGGGCCUCCCCACCCGCACCGUCACCAACUACAACUCCGCGCACGACACCGACGUCUCCCUCACCACCGACAUCUACUUCGACGAGAACAUGCGGCCCCUGGAGCGCCUCAACACCGACUCCGUCUGGAACUUCCAUGUGUGGAAUGACUGUUGGAUGAAGCGCCCGGACCUCCCCGAUGGCUACGAUGGGUGGCAGGUGGUGGACGCCACCCCCCAGGAGACCAGCAGCGGUCUGUUCUGCUGCGGCCCUUGCUCGGUGACGGCGGUGAAGAAUGGCGAAGUCUUCCUCAAGUACGACACCCCCUUUGUCUUCGCCGAGGUGAACAGCGACAAGGUCUACUGGCAGCGGCAGCCCAGCGGGGCCUUCGCCGUGGUGCACGUGGAGGAAGGGGCCAUCGGGCGCCGCAUCAGCACUUUGGGCGCGGGGUCGGGCGCCCGCGUGGACGUCACCCACCAAUACAAACACCCCGAGGGCUCGGAGGAGGAACGUCGCGCCGUCUCCACCGCCACAUCCCACGGCUCCCGGCCCCGCAACCGGGGGUCACCAUCCACGGGAGAGGUAUCGGUGACGCUGGGGACGGGUCCUACGGUGGCCGGUGCCGAGUUGGAGCUGCGGGUGGUGGCCAAGAACGAGGGCUUGGAGCCACGGACUCUUCUCCUCCGCCUCUCGCUCUGCGCCGUCCGCUACACCGGCGUCGCUGGCGCCGCCUUCCGCCAGGAGCAACACCGCCGCGCGGUGCCACCGGGGCAAGAGGAGACAGUGACCAUGGCGGUGCCGUACUCUGAGUACGGCCCCCACGUGGGCGACCAGGACGCCCUGAAGCUGACGGCUGCCGGCGCUGUGGAGGAGACGGGACAAGUGGUGGCCAAGGAGUUGCGGGUCCGACUGCACUCGCCUGAGCUCACCCUGACGCUGUUGGCAGCGGCCGUGGUGGGUCAGGAGACACCGGUGCAGGUGGUUUUCCAGAACCCUCUGCCGGACACGUUGAGCGGAGCCACUCUGCGCAUGGAGGGCGCCGGCAUCUCCUGCCCCAAACCCAUCCAGAUCGGGCCGGUGGGACCGGGGCAGACGGUUCGGCUUCGUCAGCCGGUGGUUCCUCUCCGUCCCGGUCUCCGACGCUUGGCGGCCGCUCUGGAAAGUCCUCGACUGGCGACCCUUCACGGCGCCCUCCAACUGGACGUAGCGCCCGAUCCAACUGGGAGCACUGGGAACGACGGCGGCGCCACCUCCCGAGGCCGCAGGAGGGGGAGGCGCCGUGGGGCCACCAAUGCCGGCAGCACCGGGGGGUGAU